GUUUAGGUUAAAACAAUAUCAGAGUAGACUUGAAAUUUUCCGAAAUAACGAUCAACUUCCUUUCCUGGAAAAUUAUAGUUGACCGAUGUUUUGAACUACCGGUAUUUGUAUAUGUAGGCUCAUUUUGAAUUAUAAUCAAAUGAUUUUGCAGUCUUGAGACAAACGUGAAUGCAAGCUAAAUGGCCAUGGCGAUCAUGACGACUGAAAGAGAGGUUGUUGAUGCUUUUAACAGAUCCGUCCGUGAAUAUACAAAACAUACUUUCGAAAUAUUCCGAAAACAGCUUCAAAACGGUGGAGGUCAUUUUAAUGGUGGAUUCAAUGUAUGCUGGAUGAGUAAUCGAACGAAGUGGGACGCGAAGAAAGGUGUGUGGAAUUACAACCCAUCAUUUAAUUGUGAGCCAUGCCAGGAGUUAUUUGAAAAGGUGAUAGCCCUUCACAGAAAAACAGACAAGAUUGGAUUUGAAAACUGCAAAAAGAAACGAGUGGCUGGAUGCUGGGGUAUAGCAAAGCUGUUCAUGCCAAGAAAUAGUCAAGAUAUAGAGUCCCCUGAAGAUACAGAUAUCUUCACGAUUUUGCAAAUGAUGUCGAACUGUAUACUGUUCAUGACCUUGGAAGAUCACGAUGUUUUUGAGAUUUUUGUACGACUGAACCCCAUAUAUGGCUAUUUUGAGAACAGUCACCACAGAAUCGAACUCUUCACUUUUAUGGCAACAUGUCUACAGAGCUUGAUACAGGAUAUACAGGAUGUUGCUAUACGUGAUAACUUGAGACGGGCUGUAUCUAAAAUUAAAAAAAGUACUGCUGGACUUCAGAGUGCUGAUGGACCACCAGACUUGAUAACACCAUGUACAUUUAUAAGAGCAAUCGAACAAAUUUUAGGAUUUAUUCCUGGAAUUGUAACGGGGCACCGCCUAAUAUUACACGGACUUAGACCUCACGUUUUUGCAUUACUGUAUUUUAUCUCAUAAAUUACAUUACUAUGUAUAUAUUAUAACCAAAAGUCCAGUUUAAAUGUAACAAUGUUUCAUUUCAUUGAGUCUUAUCAUUAUAACCUGCCCCGUUUCCCGUAA